AUGUCUGCAACUCAGCUACUGAACCCCAAAGCCGAGUCGAGGCGGAGGGCGGAAGCUUUGAAAGUGAACAUUAGCGCUGGUGAGGGUCUUCAGGAUGUCUUGAAGUCCAAUUUGGGUCCCUCAGGCACUCUAAAGAUGUUGGUGGAUGGUGCUGGCGGAAUCAAGUUGACUAAGGAUGGCAAUGUGCUCUUGCGAGAGAUGCAAAUCCAAAACCCAACAGCCGUUAUGAUUGCCCGCGCCGCUACAGCACAAGACGAUAUUACCGGUGAUGGAACGACGUCCGUCGUCCUGAUGGUCGGAGAGCUCUUGAAGCAGGCUGAUCGGUAUAUCUCCGAGGGGCUGCAUCCCAGAGUUAUCACGGAUGGUUACGAGAUUGCCAAGAAUGAAGCUCUCAAGUUCCUCGACCAGUUUAAGAUUGAGCGCAACAUUGACCGUGAAUUGUUGCUCUCUGUUGCUCGGACGUCGCUUGCCACGAAACUGAACAGCGCCCUUGCUGAAAAGCUUACACCGGAUGUCGUCGAUGCAGUCCUUGCCAUUCACCGAGCCCCUGAGAAACCCGAUUUGCACAUGGUUGAGAUCAUGACCAUGCAACACCGGACGGCGUCUGACACACAGCUCAUCCGUGGUCUCGCUUUAGACCACGGUGCAAGACACCCUGAUAUGCCUAAGAGAGUUGAGAAUGCUUUCAUCCUGACUCUGAACGUCAGUUUGGAAUAUGAAAAGUCGGAAAUCAACUCUGGUUUCUACUACUCCUCGGCCGAGCAGAGGGACAAGCUGGUGGAGAGCGAGCGCAAAUUCGUGGAUGCUAAGCUGCAGAAGAUCGUGGAACUGAAGAAGCAGGUUUGCGGUACUGACCCCAAGAAAGGUUUUGUCGUGAUCAAUCAAAAGGGUAUUGAUCCUCUGAGCUUGGAUGUCCUCGUCAAGAACGGAAUUCUGGCUCUCCGGAGAGCUAAACGGAGAAACAUGGAACGACUCCAGCUGAUUUGCGGUGGUGUUGCUCAGAACAGUGUGGAUGACCUUACUCCUGAUGUUCUCGGAUGGGCCGGCCUGGUUUACGAACACCAGCUCGGAGAAGAGAAGUACACGUUUGUCGAAGAGGUCAAGGACCCCAAGUCUGUUACCAUUCUCAUCAAGGGGCCCAACCAACACACUAUCGCUCAGGUCAAGGAUGCAGUCCGCGACGGCUUACGGUCUGUCUACAACACCAUCGUCGAUGGCUGCGUUGUUCCUGGUGCUGGCGCUUACCAAGUCGCUUGCGCUCAUCACCUGUCAUCUGAAGGUGUUCGGAAGUCCGUCAAAGGCAAAGCCAAGUGGGGUGUUGCUGCUUUUGCUGAUGCCCUUCUGGUUAUUCCCAAGACCCUGGCUGCCAAUUCAGGCCACGACAUCCAGGAUUCCCUGGCUGCUCUACAGGAUGAGCGUGCAGAAGGUAAUGUGGUCGGGUUAGAUUUGACGACGGGAGAGCCCAUGGAUCCGGUGCAGGAGGGUGUCUUCGAUUCUUACCGGGUCUUGCGUAACUGCAUCGCAUCGAGCACCGGUAUAGCCUCUAACCUACUCCUGUGUGACGAACUGCUCAAGGCCAGACAAAUGAGCAAACAAGGUGGGCCUGGUGGCAUGGAUGAGUAA